GGCCUCGUGCCCCGUCACCCCGCCACCCCGCCACCCCACCCGGGUUUGGGGGCCGUCAGUCACAGCGCUGCGCCCUCCCCUUCCGGCGGCUUGGCCGGGCCCGCCUCCUCCCCUCUUCCCUCCCCCACCCCUCCCCAUGCGAGUGUCUCCCUCUCCCUCUCGCUCUCUCUCUCUCUCCCUCUCUCUCUCUCUUUUGUGAGUUAUAGCAACCGUUGCCUUGUGAAUCAAGCGCCAUAGUCACCGUAGUCCUGGCGACUGUUACCCAUCAACAACAACUACUCCUCUCCUCCUCCUCCUCCUCUUCCUCCUCCUCCUCCCCACCACCACCAUCUCCAUCACCCACCAACAACACCACAAUAAUCCACAGCCAAGAGACCAUCAUGCAGACAUCAGAGACUGGGUCGGACACAGGCUCGACAGUGACCUUACAAACAUCUGUGGCUAGUCAAGCAGCAGUGCCUACGCAGGUGGUACAGCAAGUACCAGUACAACAACAGGUACAGCAGGUACAGACUGUGCAGCAGGUACAACAUGUCUAUCCCGCUCAGGUGCAGUAUGUGGAAGGAAGCGAUACUGUCUAUACCAAUGGAGCAAUCCGAACAACAACGUAUCCUUACACAGAGACACAGAUGUACAGCCAAAAUACUGGAGGGAAUUACUUUGAUACUCAAGGGAGUUCCGCCCAGGUGACUACCGUGGUCUCAUCCCACAGUAUGGUGGGCACUGGUGGGAUUCAGAUGGGCGUCACAGGAGGACAACUCAUCAGCAGCUCUGGAGGAACCUAUCUGAUCGGCAACUCAAUGGAGAAUUCUGGUCACUCAGUGACACACACAACUCGGGCCUCCCCAGCGACAAUUGAAAUGGCGAUUGAGACGCUGCAAAAGUCUGACGGUCUGUCCACUCACAGAAGCUCUCUUCUCAACAGCCAUCUCCAGUGGCUGUUGGACAAUUAUGAGACAGCAGAAGGAGUGAGCCUUCCCAGAAGCACUCUGUACAACCACUACCUUCGACACUGUCAGGAACACAAACUGGACCCAGUCAAUGCUGCCUCUUUUGGAAAAUUAAUAAGAUCAAUUUUUAUGGGGCUACGAACCAGGAGAUUGGGCACUAGAGGAAACUCCAAAUACCACUACUAUGGGAUUCGUGUCAAGCCAGAUUCCCCUCUUAAUCGUCUGCAAGAAGACAUGCAGUAUAUGGCUAUGAGACAACAACCCAUGCAACAGAAACAAAGGUACAAGCCUAUGCAGAAAGUGGAUGGGGUUGCAGAUGGUUUCACAGGAAGUGGUCAACAGACAGGCACAUCUGUUGAGCAAACUGUAAUUGCCCAAAGCCAACAUCAUCAACAGUUUUUAGAUGCAUCUCGAGCACUUCCAGAGUUUGGAGAAGUUGAAAUCUCUUCUCUGCCAGAUGGUACUACCUUUGAGGAUAUCAAGUCACUGCAGAGUCUUUAUAGAGAGCACUGUGAGGCAAUAUUGGACGUUGUUGUGAAUCUUCAAUUUAGCCUGAUAGAAAAAUUGUGGCAAACAUUCUGGCGCUAUUCUCCCUCUACUCCAGCUGAUGGCACUACCAUUACCGAAUCGAGCAAUCUGAGUGAAAUAGAAAGUCGACUUCCGAAAGCAAAGCUGAUAACUCUGUGCAAACAUGAGUCUAUCCUGAAAUGGAUGUGUAACUGUGACCAUGGGAUGUACCAGGCUUUGGUGGAGAUUCUCAUCCCCGACGUCCUUAGACCUAUUCCUAGUGCCUUGACCCAAGCCAUUCGAAAUUUUGCAAAAAGCCUUGAAGGUUGGCUUUCCAAUGCCAUGAACAAUAUUCCACAGAGAAUGAUACAAACCAAGGUUGCCGCUGUAAGUGCCUUUGCCCAGACUCUGCGAAGAUACACGUCGCUUAAUCACCUGGCCCAGGCAGCUCGUGCAGUGCUUCAGAACACUUCCCAAAUCAACCAGAUGCUUAAUGACCUCAACCGUGUUGACUUUGCCAAUGUCCAGGAGCAGGCUUCCUGGGUGUGCCAGUGUGAUGACAACAUGGUUCAGAGACUAGAAACAGACUUCAAGAUGACUCUUCAGCAGCAGAGCACCCUGGAGCAGUGGGCUGCGUGGCUUGACAAUGUGAUGAUGCAAGCACUGAAACCCUAUGAAGGAAGACCCAGUUUUCCUAAAGCCGCCAGGCAGUUUCUGCUAAAAUGGUCUUUCUACAGCUCAAUGGUUAUUCGGGACUUAACCUUACGCAGUGCUGCUAGCUUUGGCUCCUUCCACCUGAUCCGUCUACUCUACGACGAAUAUAUGUUUUACUUAGUAGAACAUCGUGUUGCUCAGGCAACAGGAGAGACUCCCAUAGCAGUCAUGGGCGAGUUUGGUGAUUUAAAUGCCGUGUCUCCUGGAAAUCUGGAUAAAGAUGAAGGCAGUGAAGUAGAAAGUGAAAUGGAUGAAGAACUGGAUGACUCUUCAGAGCCUCAAGCCAAAAGAGAGAAAACAGAGCUGAGCCAGGCAUUUCCAGUGGGCUGCAUGCAGCCUGUUCUCGAGACUGGCGUGCAACCAAGCCUCCUGAAUCCAAUUCACAGCGAGCACAUUGUCACAAGUACUCAGACUAUCAGACAGUGCAGCGCUACAGGAAAUACCUACACUGCAGUCUAAAGAAUAUUAAAGCGUAUUUUUCCAGCUUACAUUAACCCUGUUGAUAUUGGGCUUAAGUUGAAAAUUUAAUAAGCCUGAAGGUCGACUGUUGUCAAAUUCUAUCUGUGCUGAACAUUAACUUUUUGGAGUUGUGAAAUGGAAUGGGUGUAUGUAUUUUGCCAGAUCUUUUUUUUUAACGUAAACAAAUUAUUUGCUUCUUAAUAAUGAAUUUUUUCCCUUAGUUUCAGGUGUCAAGAAGGAUUUUUACAACACUUAAUGUCAAUGUUUUGUUUUCUUAUAAUUAAAAAGUAAUUUACAUUUUUUGUAGCUUAAAAUAUUUUAUUGUUGAUUGUUAGUCUUGGUGUAUGAUUUCAUGUGUAAGUUUUUUAAUUAGAUGCACUUCUGUGAAAUAUCAAAAGAAAUGAUUUUUUUGAUUUACACUGGAGGCAUGCCCAUUUGGCAGCAGAUGCAUCAAAUUUGCUUUUGAAAGGUGCUUUUCAUUGGACAGAACCAUAAGACACUAUUUUGAUAACAUUUUGAGUACGGAGAGAGAAUACAGAGCAUUUUUAUUAUAGUGCUAGAGGGUUUGGAAGGUCAUCUAUUUUUCUCUGAGGAAAAAUUGAGCUGUACAUUUAUCAGUUCAGAGUAAAUGACAGAAUUGCAAGAGAUUAUGCUAAUAUGUACAUAAUUUGUGUACAUAAUUAUUAAACCAUGUUAACAAUGCAAGCUUCCGUUAAACAUUGAAUUUUAACUAUUAUUUGCAUACCAAUUCCUCUGUUUAAAGACUACUGAUUCUGUAUUUGGGACCACUGCACAGAUGCAUUCUGCUGUUAAGUGGGGGCUGUUAUAGUUAGAUACUGAAGCAGAAAAAAAAGACUUGACUUUUUUUUUUUAAGUGUACAUGCUACUUAUGCUGAGCUGGACAUACAGGAAACCAUUCCAUUUGGAUGACUUUCUUUUAUUCCAGGUCUUUUUCCUAAUAGUAGUUCAAUAUGCUGCUAUUAUAAACGAGAAUUUAUAGAAUGCAAGGAAUGUAGCAACCUACAUAACGUUAUUUCCUUCAAAACUAUUUCCUGGUUUCUAAAGUAUGUGGAUUUAAAUUGUAAACAGAACCUGAAGGCAGUGUAACUGGCACACCUCACUGUUACUUAUCCCCAAUUCUGUAGGAUUUGGAUAGGUGGCUGGAUGGACCAUUGCCAUUGAAGAAUGUACAUCAGGGAUCAUCGUACCUCGGCUAUUACAUGGUGCCUUAAAACAGAACUGAAGCUAAGGUUUAGUAAGGUUUAUUUUGUUCAUGUGACUAACUCUUCAAUCCAUUUGACAAAGUGUGCCUGUCAUUUUCAGAUUCCUGAAGUAAGGACAGGUGACAUGUUCUUCAAAGGAAAUUUAGGGAAAACAAAGCAAAACAAAAAGACAAAAAUCAGUUUCCCUCUUUGAGUGACCGUGGAUCUAUUUUUUAUUCUUAGAGCUGAAUAUUACUUGAUUACAAAUCAGAUUGCUUAAGGGUGUGGAAUAGCAGGCUAGUUUUAAUACCAACUUGUUAACAUAAAAUCAUAUAUGUUUUAGACCAUUCUUACUUAGUUACAAUUUUAGAAAGUUAACAAAGUAAGCAGGUACUUAUCGAAGUGCAUCUUUUCAGUCUAAAUGUUUGUCUGUGUGUCUAGGUGCUGGUGAGUCCACAUGGACACAUGAGUGCCCAUGGGGCAGGAGUCUGCUAUAAAGUCAGAAGGUGAGAUCCUAGAGAGUUACACCCAGCCCCAUUUUAAUUUGCAUGAAAAGCCAAGGUUCUUUUAAGCACUCAAAUUAUUUAAUGAUUAAAACACAGGAAAGGCACAUCUGUUCAUUUAAAUAGUUGUAAAAAACUAAUCAGCAAAAAUAAAUAGAUAAUAAAGCCAAAAAAAAAGGAAAGCACAAAAUGAUUGACAGAUUAUCAAAUGAGGCCUAUAUUAAACCCAAGAUGUUUAUCUUUCCAGUGGUAUUGGGGUAAGGGGGGUGGGGGGUUGGAAAGAACAGGUGAGCCAGUCUGUAAAGUUAGAAAUACCAAAUGGCUUAUCGGGUAAUGCACAGUGUAUUUAAGCUGUUGUUGCUUAAUUGCCUCAGACUACUCAAAUAACAUCAACAACAUUUCUUAAGUAAAAUUUAAAUAUUUUAGAUGUAAUUUUAAAAACGGAUCCAAAUUUUUUAUUAUACAACUCACUCAUAUAUUUGAAAGCCUUCACUAGCAUAGUAGCACCACCUGCAUCUAAAUGUCAUUUAAAUUACUGUCCCCCUUUUUCCUCCCAAAAAGACAAUGGGUUUGUACCAAAACACACACACACAAAAGGCAAACACAACAUGAUAAUCUGCAAAAGUUCAUGUAUCUACUUCAUUGUGCAUAGGAAGUGUUGACAGGUAAAAUUAAAAUCAAAAAUUGAAAAAACACUCUUCAUUUUGGCUCUCCUUUCUGAAUUUUUUCAGUUUCCUGUCUCUACCCGCCAUCCUUUGAGUGAUACUAUAUCUGUAUUGGACCAAAUGUAUUUACUGGUUUCAUUUUGUUUAUUGAAUGACUUUAAAUGUAUUUAUUAUCAUUGUUUAAUUUAAUGUUGGAUAUAUUUGUAUCAUUACAGGAAUCUGAUAAUAAUGGGCAAAUUUAGAUUGAUGAGGCUUAGGGAUCGGGGAUGCUCCAGGAUUCAACAUUUCUUCCAAUUGUUCAUGGUUUGUUCUAAAUUAGGACAGAUUAAGAACUAAUAAAACAUUAUUACAUUUGAACUUGACUCCAUAAAAAUAUUCUGAUCUCCUUUAUGAAUAUUAGGAAUAUUCUUUGUGAUUAGUGUAAGUAGUUUGGAUCAAAACAUAAAAAGAAGACCUAUGGUUUAUGCUACUUCUAGUUAUUUGUAGUUCACAGUAAAACAUGCACAGACAUACACACAAACAUUUUCAUCAAUUUCGAAUUUGAAUUGUGAAAAAUAUAUGAGAAAAUAAAAACAAUUUAUACAUUUGAGCAAAUUGAGCAAUCACAUUUAUUGCAUUUAUUUCCAUUUUUCCCUUUUUUCACUCACUGAAAGUGUGGGUUUUCUAAAUAAUAUUAGACACGAACACUCAACAGAUUUAUUCACAAAUGACACAAGUACACAUUUUAAGACUUCUUUGUAUUUCUUGCAAUUAUAACCAAUCACUAGUCAUGAAAUAUACCUACAUAAACCAAGUCCUACACUUUCAGUGAGGAAGAAUGUAAGGAAGGUAUGUUGACUGUUUUCAAGUUUCAGAAAAGAUAUUUUCAUAUGACAGGAUUGAGUAUCAUGGGUAUAGUUUGAUCUUGACAUAUAGUUUGAAAAUCAUACUCAAAAGAUUUGCAUUCAUGAAACCAGUGAACAAUAGGGUGGAAUGGAUGAACCAUCUCCUUGGAAGACAUGGCCCAAUUUUCAAUUUUUUCUUUGGCUAUCAAGUUGCUAGUCACUUAUUCAGGAUUUUCAUCCAAACUGUGUUUGGACUGACUGUAUAAGUCUUACUGCCUUUUCAGAAAUCUGCUUUCCUUUGUGUGAUUUUUCUUGUACUGUAUAGCACGGUUUAUGCACCUCUCUUUAGACGGUGUACUUUAAAAACAAAAGUAAAAUUUAGAAAAUGGUUUUAACACUGCAUACCUAAAAUUAGUAGUGUGCAGCAUUGACUGCCUUUGAUUUGUAGUAGACAAGUAAAAAUGAAUACGUUCUUGUAGAAUGCUGUAAAAGUUAUUCAGGAAUGAAUACGGUUUUAGUGCCGUAAUCAUGAAUCUUUUUAUAUGAAUGCAAUGUCUAAAAGUGCUAAAUGCAUUUUCAAAUUUUUAAAAAUUCCUCAGAUGAUAUAUUUGAAAUGUCUAAAAUAAUGCUGUGCUUGAAACAUUAGUGUAAAAGGAAAAAAAAAAAAUGUGUCACUGUGAUGUUGGUCCUCCCUGUGUGGACACAAGUAGAAAGAAAAAACUUGGCAAGUCACCUUUGUGUACAAUUUGAGGCAGUGGUUAUAUACAAUAAAUUGACCUUUAUUAUAUCCCCCAGACACACACAUUCUUGGUGAGAAAAUAACAACCAUCCAAAAAUUGAGAUGAGAACUUUUGUGAUCUGUAUGAAUCACAACAGAUCAUGGGGGAGGAGGAUUGGCAUGCAGUGCUGUUGAAAAUUGGGCUUGUUGCUAGAUCAGAACAACCUCCAUGUAUAUGGUUAGAACGAAUCAAUUAAUGGAAUCCUAGUAUUUCUGCAAGUUUGGUGAUUUUUAAAAACUGGAAUAGAAGCAUUAAUUCAGUGCUUAGUUCUAGUAUUAGAAAACCCCUUUGAUGUAAUGCCUUGUAUUAACCCUUUGAGCAUUGUAAGAUAUACAAUGGGGGACAAAAGCCUUUCAGAUCAUUUAUUUAGACUUAGACCGGUAAAGUAUACUCUAUAUCCAAAUGUCUAAUUAUGCUGUUUUUUUAAAGGGGGGGUAGGAAGGGAAAGUGUUUCCACGCCGAACACUUGCAUUUUAUAUACAACUCUUAAUUUUUCUUCAAGAGGGCUUGAUAUAUUUAUUCCCAAAUAUUCACUGCCAUCUAAGUAAGUGUACUGUUUACAGAAAAAAAAAAAUCAACUUUUCUAGCAUCACACCAUAGUCUCUAGAAAAGGAGGACAAAUACAUGGGCCUGGAUAGACCUAUGUCAUAACUGAUCUCUGCACAUUGAAGGUACCUAGAUUGCCUUUAAAAGGUAUAAAGAAAGGGUUAAGUUUCUUUUUUUUUCUUUUUUUUUCCCAAAAUGAAUCAAAAGAUCUCAUUUAUUUAGCUUUAGAAAGUACAAGUGUAAGUAAAGCCUUAGGAAGAAACGAGUUCGAGUGGAUUAAGAGAAUCUGAACUCUUUGGGGGCAGUUAGGCUAUUUGGAGUUAGAUCGCUCAUAAAAUAUUGUUUGGGAAUUUCACACAGGGCAUAAUUUUAUCUAUGCUCCAAAACUUUAAUACUUUGUCAAAAAAUUAUAUAUAGAUAGAAUGGAGAGCAAAGCACUUGAUUUUAAGCUCAUCUGUCAGGAGAUGCUAUGACUACUGCUUCUGAUAUCUCUAAAUGUCAGUCUGCUUACGCCAUUGCUGAUUUUGUUCAAGGGAAUCUCUUCGUGCACUUGAUUCCCUCUGUUCCCUGCGUGAUCGAACAUGAAAGCAGUGUUGUCUGCAGAUGUGCUUGCGCUGCCCUAGCUGGGUGCAAAUAAGAGUGUAACCUAUUCUGAUGUCUGGUGAAAGGCAUCCGUAGCAUAGUGCAAGUAUGCCGUAAACGUUGCUUUUUAGGCAGUUGAGGAAGUCAAACCAUGCAAAUUACUCAUGUGUUAACAUGCAAUACUCAAAGGGUUUUAAUUUAACUCUCUUCUUUUGAAUUCUUCAUGAUGAUUUACUGUAAAUGCUUCUCAGUUUGCAUGCCUUGAUCAUUGCUGCUAGUGAUUUUAUGUGCCAGUAGACCUGAGUUUAGUUUACCAAUUUUACUUAAAUAGUAAAAGCCACUUACAAAGUGACUGCCUAGGAUUUUUUUUUCUUUCAUUUGAAAUAAUUGAUAAUAUGUUUUUUUAAAAAGAAAAAUGUGUUUUGUCUCUUCUUUUAUUUGGUUCUGGUUUGAUUCUUUUUCUCCCCUCUUUCCUUUGUUUUUUUUAAAAUAAAUUAUGAUGUUGGGAUUGGAAGCCCUGAGUAAUGAAAAUCUUUGGUAAGAAUUGUUUAUGUAGCUCAAUAACGAGGACAACAAAUAUUCUUUAGAAGAAUUUUGAUUCUGAGGAGGAAAGAAAAUAUAAAAACUCCCAUUGACUGUUGAUAACCAAGUAAAUUUUUCCUUCAGUAAAUUAGUAUAUUUGAAGAAACGAUCGCCUUGUUUUAACUUGCUAAACAACAAUUUUAAAUGACCCAAUAAAGAAUCUAUUGAAUUUUAUUCGUUUAAAAAGCAUCUUUUGUACCAAAGCAAAUUUUUUUCUCUACUCAUUUCUAUCAUCAAUUUGGACCUAUGGUGGUGACCAAUGCAUUGGUUACAGAAACUUUAAGUGAGUGCCUUGAGAAAACUUGGAAAUUUGUGCCUGAGGUGGUAAACUUUUAAUUAGGUUAAUUGUAGUGCUUACCAAUCAGUAACUUCACUAUCACUCAGGGCUUUCGUACCUUCUAGGUAAAACUUCUUUCAUUGUGUUUUUUUAAGAUACUGUAUUUUUUUUUAAGUGCCAUCAUUUAAAUUUCACUUAGUAAGUGGCAGAUUACAUUAUUCAGUCCCACAAGCACAGAAACAUAGUAACACUAGGAGAUAUUUGAACAUUUAUUUUACAAUCGACUGAAUAUAUUAUGUAAAUGAGGUAAGCAACUUUUGUAGAGAUUGUAUGUGUGAGAUAAUGUAAUGUUCUUUUCCAGUUUUUGGACUACAGUUGAAUAAACUUUUUAAUUAUUUAAAAACAUCUUUACCGAAUAACAUGUGAUGGUUUUUUGUAUAAUGUAUUUGAUUUUGUAAAUACGUAUUUCCUGAUGUGAUUUUUGUGAGAAAUGCUAAAUCUUUUAGUAUAUCAUGUCCUCUCAAAAUUGGCAGGAGCUAAAUAAUAGUUUGUGGGCGAUUUGUAUUGUGUACUGUACAAUAACUGGGGAACUUUUAUAAUUAUAAAAAUAUAUAUUAACUUUUAGUGUGUUGUUUAAACAAAUGACUGGAACAUACUAAAGAUAUUAGUAGGAUUUUUCUGAAUAUUUCAGACUUGAACUCAGGCUAGCUUUCUUGUGUUUUUCAAAACAAAAUGGUGUCUUGUCUUUUAAAAUCAAUAAAUUUGUUUCCUUGUUACAAAUACA